ACAGAUGACAAUGUAAUGUCAAAAUUGUCAGAUGGGGUUUUGUAACCUUAUAGGAGUUAGUUUAAUGUUUUAAUAAUCUUAACAGUAAACAUAUUAUAAGCAAUAAGCAUGUCUAAAUUUAUGACAGCUGUUCUACAACCGUUAAAAUGCGUGAGCCAAACUUUACAAUCAUUCGCACACGUUUCACCGACUACCAGUUUAGUAAAACCCGAAAAUCCCUUGUUAUCACUUAUUAGAACUAAGGUAAGAUGUUAUUUUCCACGUCCAAACGAAGUGAGAAGAGUUCGUCGCCAUGGCUGGAAUGCUAGAAUGUCAACUCCAAAUGGUCGAAGAAUUAUUAUGAGAAGGUUCUUAAAAGGCCGACAUGUUUUGUCACAUUGAUUUGUUGUAGUAAGGGUAGGUUUAAUUGUAGAAAUAAUAUAAAAUAAAUA